UGGUUGUUUGAGAUUGAGCGUCGCAGGAGAAAAGGCUAUAAUAGUGAAUUCCAUGGUAACCUACGGGAAUGGACAAGAAUGAGAAGAAAGUCUUUGUGAGGAGGGAAUUGGAAUCUUCUUGAUCGUGGCGUAUUAGAAAUGUAAAAGGAACAUUUGGAUACUAAAGGAAAGGACAAGCCAGUCAAUAAAUAUUGGGGAAGCACAACACCAGAGGUUGAACAACGAAACCAGAAAAGAAGGAGAACAAGGCGUCAAAGUCCGAUGCACCGUCAAUAAAGGAAAGAGAAUCACGGAAAACUCCUGGUGGUGAAAGAAGGAAGCAGAGAGAUGUUUGCUGCAGCUUCGUCGAAAAUGAAAAUGGCAGGUUUAAUUCCGGCGCUCUUUCUCCUGGCCGGCUUCUUCCCCUUCUGUGUCGAAUCGGAGUCCUCCGAAGAGAUCAUUUUGGAUAGCAGUCCUACCAGGGUCAACAGAGCUCCAGUACCUCCAGUCAAGAUCAAAUUCAAUAUCCCGUAUUCACUUCCUUACUACAGUGAGCCAAUAUCAGAGCCAUAUCAAGAUGAAUGCCCAAGAGACGAAGUUUCCCUCAAUGGAAAAUGCUACAAGUUGUUGACUCAGGGUCCUUGCAACAUUGACGAAUUCGUCGUGGUGGACCGCAUUAGCAAUACAAGUAUUUGCAGGAAGAGAUUCUGUGCACCUGACAGGAUCUUAAUCCCUAACUCUCGCGGUAACUGCGACCCCGUCCCCAUGCCCAGCGGCGGCUACAACUACACGCAACAAAAUCUCAUCGAAUGCCCACGUUGCCAUGACCGUCAGGAUCCAUAUGUAUGCCUUCGUGGACGAGAAUUGUUUCUGAAUAUGUAUGGAGAGCCAGAAUGUCAGUGUCCAACUGGUACUUAUGAGGGAGGUCCAGAACCAACGGACGUUUGUGAACCGCUGUUUGGAGAAACCCCCAGUUGUCCGAAAGGAUAUGUGUUCGGGUUAGAGAACCUCAACAAACCACCGGUGUGUUUACCGGAACCUUGUGGGGGAGCAAAUCUCAUGCGAGAUCUGUAUGAAUUCCCAUACGUGCCUGUUUCCUACGACAAGUGCUUCCAGAUUGGAGCUGGGAAUGAGGUGAAUGGCGUCUGUCCACCCUUUAGUUAUAUUACCUUAGUCCUGGAUACGUUUCGAGGAACUUGUUCAACGCUGGAAGACGCUGGCUAUCAGAUUUUCGACCAAGCAACACUUGCAUUUUUCACUAAUUUCUACGGGCCUCCGAUUGAAAGAGGAUGCACAUCUACAAUUCCGUUGCCACAAACUCAGAUGAGCGUUCAAAGUGAAUCAGCCACCACCAUUCAGAUGUUCUACUCACAUAAGCGAAAACGUCGCCAGACAGGUGGUGUGGGAACUGCGUUUGAUACUCCGCUGGUGAAUUGUAGAUCAGGGAACCACUACGAAAAAUGCGGAUUUAGGCUUCUCUCAUCAAAUGUUCGUCGUAACAGACAACCACCCACUCGGCCUAACCCGUAAGUCGUAACCCGGCAGUGUUUCUCCCACCACGCCAAAAGUCUGAUGCAACCCAAACAGAUUAUUUCCUUUGAUCUACAAUUUUCCUUCCUAUGAAAGAUUAGAACUUCACGAUGUAUAUUGUAUUUUAAUAAGCAGAGGUUUAAAUAUAAGCGAAUAGAUUGUU